AUGUCAUCGAGAUUGUUAAUUGGAGGUGCUGCAGCUGCAGCUGCAGGUUAUAUGUUGUAUGAGUAUCAGCAACAGAAUGAGAGACAGAGACAGGCGUUGAUUCCUCCCACGCAGGCACGCCAGCCGGUAACUGGUGUUAAGGAGCAGGCAUCCGCACUGGGCAGGGAUAUCCAGCAGAGUAAGGACGACACAGCCAAAUGGUUGAAGGACCAGAAGGAAUAUGGCCAGACUAAGGCCACAGAGAUGACCAACGAGUUGCAAAGAAACUUGCAUGAAGAGGCUAGUCGUCAGAGACGUGGUGUGAAUGAAGUGGUGGAUGAUGCUACUUAUGACGUCUCAAAGGGCUGGGAUAGAAUCAAGGAAGGCGUCGCUGAGGAUACUCAGAGUAUCAAGGAUGCCUUGCGUGGGGUGGCUCACAAGGCUGACCAGACUGUGCCAAAUGCUAAGCAAAAAGGUAGAGAAAUGGCAGAAGGUGCUAAGGAGACUUCCAAGUCGAUCUUCAACUACGGAUUUGGUGAGGCUGAGAGAGCUAAAGCUAUUGCAAUUGGAGAGUACGAUAAGGCCAACAAGCAAUUCAACAAUCUUUUGGAACAGUAUAACGAGUCGAAGAAAGGUUUAUUCGACUCUGGGGACUCGAAGUUGAAACAACAAGUGGAUGAUUAUAAGAAAAUCAUUCAGCAGAAAAAGCAAGAGUUGCAAAAAGCUUCUGACGAAUACGCUAAGUAUGCCAAGGACAAUUUCAACGAUAUUUCCAACAAGCUAGAUGAACAAGAUGAAAAGAUCAGAAAAGAAGGAGGAUUCUUCAAAUGGUUGAAGGGCACCUCUGUUCCAGGUGACGAAACAGAUGACGUUGACCGUACCGCUAACAGCAGAUCUCUUGCCGGAUUCGGUGAAAACGCACAAUUCUUUAGCGAACAACAAAUCGAGGACCAGUUGAGAUCCAAGCAAAUCGGACCAAGUGAAGCCCAGAGAAGACUCGAUGAAUUGAAAAAAUUCAAGGAAGAAGGUUGGUUCAAUACGCACAAGUCACCCGAAUCUGAAGAACGAGUGGCAAAAAGGGCUGCUCAAGGGUUAGCCGGAUGGGGUGAGAGUGCCGCUCAAUUCGCUCAGGAUGAGUUGGAAGAGAGUAAAAAAGCUUACAACAGAACAAUUCCUAGAUCACGUGAAGAAGCUUCCAAGGCAGUAGACGACGCAUGGAACAAGCUUCAAGAGACCAAGAAGACCGCUGAGGACAAGGGUAGCAAGUGGUGGAACGCUAGUAAAGAAAAGACCAACGAAGUAUCAGAAGAAGCUCAAAAAGCUUACGAUGAUGCUACGAAGAACUACGAAUCUGCCAAGAAAACAUUAGCAGACUGGUCUGACAAGACAUCUGCCAAGUUCUGGAGUAGUGCAGACGACGUGGUGAGAGUCUCUCAAAAUGUAGCCGGUAAGGCUCAAAGUGCUGCCAACAAAGCCCGUUCCAAGACCCAAGAAAAGACUGGAGAUAGCGACCUAGUGGAGCAAGAGCAACUGAUUGAGGAGUAA